AUGUCACGUACGAAACAAAGAGUACAUCCUCCUCCCAACCCACCUGCCAAAUACUGGCCUGCAGACACGCAACACAAAUCAUGUCCAAAUUGUAAACUACCCGCUCCAUGGGUCAGGUUCAGAGAAGUCGUCCCUCCUACCCCAACCUCUGGUCUCUGUACCAUGUGUCAAGAUCCCAAUAGAGAGUUGAGAUAUUGGAUGAAAAUGAGGAAAGCCAUGCGAACAAACAUCCAUAACGCACGUCUCAAGGUGAUAGCCGCUAAUGCUGGUAGAGAAAUAUUCCCUAUUCAAGCAGGUUCAUCAGGAUCAAGCAUUUCUAAUAAUUCACAAUUAAACACUGUUCAACCUCCAACUGGAUUAAGAAUGCCUCCACCUCAUAUCCUUCCCCCUGAACUACCACCUACGUUGACCAUGAACCAAAUGAAUAUGAUCCCCCCGGCUUUGAGACCUCAUUUGAAUUAUCAGCCUCCGAUAGGGUCGAAUGAUACUUCAGACCGUCCACUUGACGUCCCUCAUGUAGCUCAGGUUUUGCGUCAGAUGAUGGAACCUCUGAGAUCCAUGUCAUGGUUGAAACUCAACUACCGUUUCUCAGUCGGUGCACAUUUACCACAAUUAUCUAUCUACAAUCAUUAUCUCUCUUUCCUCCUAUAUGAAACUCAAUCGCAACAACCACAACAACAGUCCAACCCCAACCCUCAAGUCACUCCCCCCAUCCCUCAGGCGAUAUCAGGAGUACACUUCGUAAAGCUCAUCAGUCAGAUUUGGCCAGGGACGGCGUUGUUAAGGGAGAAUUUCACAGUGUUGGGGUUGGAAAGGAUUGAUGGUGAAGGUGUAGUCGGGGCUGGUGUAGGGGAAGGAAUCAAUGGAGGUGAUCCAAGUGUGAUCUUGGGUAAUGUCCCACAAGGGAUGAACACCAACAUGACCAUGGGGGUGAGUACGAUGAACGUACCUGGGAAUGGGAUGCCGAAUGGGAUACAAGGAUCGAGCAGAAGUUCUCCUGUCGGGGUGAACGGAAUAGGUGGAAGUAAUGGUGAGCAAGGUGGAAGAGGGAGUAAGUCUGUGCCGAUGAAGAGGGGUAGUUCGUCGACUUUCAUUACACCUGACCAAUCAACACCUACGAAACAAAUCCCCAUCAUCCGACCACCGAAGUUUAUAGUACCAAAAGGUACCAUCCAUCUUUCCUCGCCUAGACCGUAA